GAACGGUACUGCUGGAUCCCACUCUUCAGCAGGGGAGGAUGGGUGAUAGUCCCAUGAAAAUCACCUCCGCCCACAAUCCUUAUUCCAUCCUCUCAUGGAGCAUACAACCACCUACAACGCACUGUGGAACAUCACCCACGCCACCUCUUGGCGUCCGAACGCAACCCAGCCUAACGUCUCAGGACUGAGUGUGCCCAGAGAUGGACACGUCCUCCAGACGCUCGCCCUGUGCACCAUGCUCCUGAUGGACAUACUGGCUAUAGUGGGCAACUUAGCCAUCAUCACCGUCAUUGCCAGGACGCCGCGACUACGCAAAUUUGUGUUUGUCUUCCAUCUCUGCCUGGUGGAUCUCAUCGCGGCCCUGGUGUUAAUGCCUCUGGGUAUGCUGUCAGGUCAGGGCUUUUUCAACAAGGCUCUGUGUCAGGGUUACCUGUGUCUGAGCGUGGGACUGAUCAGUGCUGCUAUCCUCACUAUCUCAGCCAUCAACGUCGAGAGAUACUAUUACGUCGUUCAUCCCAUGCGCUAUGAGGUGAAAAUGACCAUGGGCCUGGUGGUUUCGGUAUUGAUUGGAAUAUGGAUUAAAGCCAUCCUCAUGUCCGCAUUCCCUUUACUCGGCUGGGCGCUUGAAAGAGAGGAGACGGGACCGGCACUGGGGAAAGUUAUGGGGAAAAUUGCUGAACCAAAGAGCUGUUCGCUCCACUGGAUGGAUGGAGGGCCCCAACGACUGGUGUUCAUGGUCCUUUUUACGCUCAUGUACUUCCUGUGUCCAGUGCUUAUCAUCUUUGUGGUGUACUGCAACAUGUUUAAGGUGGCCAGGGUGGCCGCCAUGCAGCAAGGCCCAGUCCCCACGUGGAUGGAGACUCCUCGGCCACGCUCUGAAUCUCUGAGCAGCCGCUCAAGCAUGGCGGCCAGCCUCAGUGGUGCUCGAACCACCCCUCAGAGGACUUUCAGUGGGGGCAAGGCUGCGGUGGUCCUAGUCGCUGUAGGAGGUCAGUUUCUUGGGUGCUGGCUGCCUUAUUUCUCCUUCCUCCUGUACUGUGCCGUCAUGCCGUCCUCUCUCGAAUCCCUCGCACGCAUGGCCCAACUAGAGGACGUGUUCACCUGGAUUGGGUACUUCUGCUUCACCUCCAACCCUUUUUUCUACGGCUGUCUGAAUCGACAGAUCAGGGAAGAGCUGGCUAGAAACCUGGCCUACGUUUUCAAGUGGGGGCGUCCCGGUGAGGAAGAACAGCUGCCCAGUCGAGAGGCUUCUAUCGAGGAGAACUUUCUCCAGUUUCUUCAGGGCACAGGUUGCAAUAUGCGGCCAAGGAAUUCCCAAAGCAUCUCCAUCCCUCAACAGGAAGAGGACAAUCCUCUCUCAACCGAGCUCCACAGGCCGUCUGUCGACUUCCACAUUCCUGGCCAGAUCAUGGAGGAGACCUCGGAAUUCAUAGAGCAGCAACACAUGAAUGAUCUUAAUAUAUCAGACAAUUGUAUCAAGACUAAAGCAGAACUGCAAGGUUGACAUUUUCAGAUGUAAAAUCUUUAUUUAAUGUAUCAUAUAUUGUUGCUAUGGUUUACCAUUGGAUCUUUUUAUACUCUGUCCAAGAAUUUGUACAUAGCUUGUUUUAAAUUUUUGGUUGGUAGAUUUCUGUCAUCUUUUCAGGAGAGAUGUUGGACUGAUAAAAUGACCUCAUUCCAGCACAUUACCGCUAGACAGAAACUUAUUUACAUAGAUUCAGCAACAUUUGUCCAAACAAUCUAACAUGGAAGCAACAUUGUGAUGUGGAAUCUGUAUUCAAAAAGUGGUAUGAACCGCAAGUGGUUGAUGUUACAAAUUUUGAAGGCUCCUAAUGUUAAUUCAGACAACAAAUAAG